UAAGCAGAAACACACUCUCGCUCUCUUUGCACUCUCUCUCUCUCUCUCUAGGUCACUUUCUCUUCUUCUAGUUCAAUCACCACAAAAAACCCACAAUCAAAUUGUAGAGAGAAAAAAAAAGAGAACAAAGACCCAUCAAUCAUUAGUAACCCUCCAUCAGAAUCCGAAGCUCUCGGCAACAAAUACAUGGAUGAUAAGUGGAAGAUCUUCAAGAAAGAUUCGUCGUCCUCUUCUUCUUCAUCCAAAUCCAAGUUCACCAGAAGCUUCUCCACGAGCGCUUCAUCGACCAAGUCCCCUGUGUUCGUACGGAGCUCCUCCACGAAAUGCUCGGUCCCUUCUUCCUCGACGUCGUCUUCUUCAUCUUCUUCGAUGUCAAGAAGCUUCUCCAGGAAAGAGAGAUCAGGAUCUUCCAUAACUCAGAAGUAUAGCAGCUUGGCCAAAGAACAGAAGGCGAGGUUUUACAUCAUGAGAAGGUGUGUAGCUAUGCUUGUUUGUUGGCAUAAACAUGGAGAUCCCUAGAUCAGAUUUUUUUUUUCUCUUUUUUUUUUGGGUUUAUUGUAAUUAGAUCAGUUUAUUACUGAGGUGGCUACAAGUUUCCAUAGUACAUCGUAAGAAGAGAUUUUUAUUCAUAAAAUUUAGGGUUCCUCUGCUCAUUUCUGUCCUCUAAAUGCUAAUAUUUCUUUUAAAUUUAUCUAAACAA